AUGGCGGCGGCCUGCGCCUCUGCGAGCAUCGUCGAAUACUUCGGCGGGGAGGAUGGCUACCGCUGCGGCUACUGCAAGAGCGAGACCGGCAACCUCUCCUAUGGUAUGUGGGCACAUUCAAUGACAGUUCAAGAUUACCAGGAUCUCAUAGACAGAGGAUGGCGAAGAAGUGGAAAAUAUGUCUACAAACCUAUCAUGAAUCAAACAUGUUGUCCCCAAUACACAAUAAGGUGCCAGGCUUUGCAUUUUCAGACCUCCAAAUCUCACAAGAAAGUUCUGAAGAAAAUGUUGAAAUUUAUUUCCAAAGGGGAUGUUUCAAAAGUAGGGAGUGGAGAAGAGCCUAUGGAUUCCCAUAUAGAGGAUGUGGUCGCCUGUGACUUUGCAUACAAAAGCGAAUCCCACGUCGCUCAGUCUGAACCGAAUCCCUUGAGUCAGUGGAUUACACAGAGGGUGGAUCACACAGAGAAGGUGGAGAAUGAAGAUGAGGACACAGGAGAAACAAAAGAAGAGGUGAAUGUGCCAGAGGUGGAAUCAAGCUCUCCUCAGAUAAGUGUGGAUGAAGGCACGGCAGUCCCUGGAGAGCCAUCGCACUCAGCUAAAGCUUGUCAUGCCCCACCUAAGCCAGGAAAAGGAGCUGAUCUGAGCAAGCCGCCCUGUCGGAAAGCAAAGGACAUUCGGAAAGAAAGGAAACUGCAGAAACUCCUUCAGAACCAGAUGUGCAGAGCUGAAGGCUCUCAACUUCAAGCAGGAGAUCAACUUUCCCUCUUGCAAAACUCUAAAUCUAAAGUAAACCAACCUAAAACCAUCGAAGACUUCAUUUUUGUCUCUUUACCUGAUGAUGCACAACACAAAUUAGAGGUGAGGGUGGUGAGAUCAUCUCCACCAAGUUCACAGUUCAAAGCCACUUUUCAGGAGUCUUACCAGGUCUAUAAACGUUACCAGAUGGUUGUUCACAAGGACCCACCUGAUAAACCAACUAUAAAUCAGUUCACACGGUUCCUCUGCGACUCUCCUCUGGAGGCAGAGAAUGCACCAGAUGGACCAGAAUGUGGCUAUGGUUCUUUCCACCAGCAGUACUGGCUGGAUGGGAAGAUAAUUGCUGUUGGUGUGAUUGAUAUCCUGCCCUACUGUGUGUCCUCUGUCUAUCUGUACUAUGAUCCAGACUACUCUUUCUUGUCUUUGGGAGUCUACUCCGCACUACGGGAAGUUGCUUUUACUAGGCAACUUCAUGAGAAAGCUCCUGAGCUGUGUUUUUAUUAUAUGGGUUUCUACAUCCAUUCGUGCCCCAAAAUGAGAUACAAGGGUCAGUACAGGCCUUCCGACUUGCUGUGCCCAGAGACAUACAUCUGGACACCUAUUGAGCAAUGCCUACCCCUGCUUGAGCACUCAAAAUACUGUCGGUUCAACCAGGAUAUGAAAGCAGUUGAUGAAGGUGGUGUGAAGGAGCUGGGCAGAGUGAGAGUGCUCCACAAGAGAACCGUGAUGCCUUACAGUGUCUACAAGAAGAGGAGGAAGGGGCCCAGCGACGAGGCCAGCGUGCAGCAGUAUGCCAGCCUGGUUGGCCAGGCCUGCUCAGAGAGGAUGCUGCUCUUCAGAAGCUGAAGGACCUCCAAGUGACUUCUGGCUGGCACGCUGUCGUGUCGCACUGCCACGGGGUGAUGUGUGCUCUAGCUGUGUGUUGGUAUGCCUGCCCAAAUAGCACUAUGAGGUGCAGGUUCUCUCUGCAGGCUUGUGUGAGUACAUGGUCCUGUGCUUAAAGGCCACCUCCAGUCAGACUGACAGUGCAGCAAGGCUUUAGCAGUAUCAGUUUAGAAAAACACGCUUGCCAUCGAUUGCAAUGAAGUAGUUGUUGCCUUUCUAUGCAGUUUGAAUAACUCUGAGUAUGUAAGCAAAAUGAAAAACAGGUGUCUUUUUUUUUUCUUUUUUUUCCUGCAGAGACAACAGCUGGCUAAAUCUAGAUUAACAAUAACUCAAUUACUAAUGCUUUCAAGUAGCACCUUUGAUACC